AUGCCGGCGACCCGGAAGAUAGAUCGAACAACACGCGGCGGCAGAGCUGAACAUCGGGAGGCUGUAAAGGCCGAACAACGGUUGACUGAAGGCCUGAAGAAGGACAAAAAACAGAGAUCCGCCAGUGAUGGGACGGGCAAGCCCGCGCAGAAUAAGCUCUCUCGACUGAUGGCUAUUGAGCAAGAGCCGGAGCCGACACUAGAGGACGCAAACGAAGAGUGUCUUCAGGAAAUGAUGGAUAUCCUGACAAAGUCGACUGAAUGGAGAGAAGAGCCAAAGGUCCGAGCAAAUACAUCGGGCUUCCAAGCAUAG